AUGCCGCUUUCAACCUCGACAAUUAAUUUAGCAACUCGUUUUUCACUUCGUUUUGCCAAGAAUUUCCGUCUAUGUUCGUGUCGGCAGAUUUCAACUGCUUUCGACAAAUCAACUGAUUUGAAAGAGGUACUAUCCAAGAAAAUUCCAGCGCAUAACAAACGGGUGUUCGAAUUCAAGAAACAGUAUGGCGCAACCGAGAUUCAAAACAUCACCGUUGAUAUGGUGUAUGGUGGAAUGAGAUCGAUCAAGGGAAUGGUAUGUGAAACAUCAGUGCUUGAUCCAGGUGAGGGGAUCCGUUUCCGAGGCUAUUCAAUCCCGGAAUGCCGGAAACUGCUGCCACGAGCGCAUCCAGACGGUGAACCGUUACCCGAGGGUAUUUUUUGGUUGCUUUGCACGGGCGAUAUCCCGACCCGGGAGCAAACCACUGCGAUCAGUGAAGAGUGGGCAAGUCGUGCCAGUUUGCCUGAUCACGUAGUAGAGAUGUUGAAUGCUCUACCGUCAAGCAUUCAUCCGAUGUCACAGUUCGUUGCCGGAAUUGCGGCCUUAAGUAAUGAGAGCCUCUUUGCGAAGGCAUACCGUCGUGGUAUCCACAAGAGUACCUAUUGGGAAUUUAUUUAUGAGGAUUCAAUGAAUCUCAUAGCAAAACUACCGACGUUGGCAGCUGUUAUUUAUAGGAAUCUAUACCGAGAAGGAGAUCCGAUUGCCUCGAUCGAUCCCACAAAGGAUUGGUCAGCAAAUUUCGCCACAAUGUUAGGCUACGAUGAUCCAUCGUUCGCCGAUUUGAUGCGUUUAUAUUUGACGAUACACUGUGAUCACGAGGGUGGUAACGUUUCGGCGCACACUUGUCAUCUGGUCGGAUCGGCGCUUUCCGAUCCGUUCCUGUCGUUCUCGGCUGCUAUGGCUGGCUUAGCAGGACCGUUGCAUGGUCUAGCCAAUCAGGAGGUGCUGCUACGCGAUUCGCAUUCUUCAGUAAUUCCUGGAUAUGGUCAUGCUGUUUUGCGUAUCACUGAUCCACGAUACGAUUGUCAACGAGAGUUUGCGUUGAAGCAUCUACCUGACGACGAAAUGUUCAAAUUGGUUGAAGCACUCUAUAAAGUUACUCCUGAUAUUCUCAUUGAACACGGAAAGGCGCAGAAUCCUUGGCCCAAUGUAGACGCACAU